GGUUAUGUUCAUCUUUCGAAAGACUCUUGUGGAGUUGUGGACCUUGUGGUUUUGCAAGUUACUUUAAUUUAUAUUUUAUAAAUAUAAACAUUGCAUUUUCUACUAUAUUGGUAUAACAUCAAUAUUAAAAAGACCUUGCAACAAUCGAAUGCUAAUGGAUUCACAUAAAUCCCACCGUAAGCAUAAAAAAGUCAGGAAAAAGAAAAAAAGACGCCACAAAUCUUCAAGUUCGAGUGACAGCACUAGUAGUGAAGACGAAUGGGUAGAAGCUCCCACUGCCUCCCAAAAUUCGACCAAAAGCAGAGACGAAGAUAUACAGAAGGCCACCGCUAAGAAGGAAGAAGAUAAUGACGAGUGGGCAUCUUUUUCUGGUCAGUUCCGGACGAGAGAAGAAAUACAAGAGAAACGAAAGCCGAAAAAAGAGGAACGCGUGAAUCUCGACAAGUUAGGCCAGUCCGCCCGGGAGCUGAAUCCGUAUUGGAAAGAUGGCGGAAGUGGUCUGCCGGAGGAGGAGAAGGCGGUGGUGGGCGGAGGGGCAGUGGGUGACUUUGGCCUAGACUGGCUGCGCAGAGCGAUGCGCCGUAGCAAGGAGCAGGCACUGGAGGAGAAGCGGUCUCUGGAAGAGGUGGUUGCUGAACGCUGGGGGUCUUUGGCCAAAUUGGAAUCAUUGAUUGCCGAGGCGGAGGAGAAGCAGAGGAGAAACAGUCACAAAUCAAACUACGACAACAAUGACAGGUAUCAAAGAAGAAAAUCAUAUGACGUCACUAAUCGAAGCGAUGACGUCACUUCUAAAAGAAGAUUCAUGAAACCCAACAACGAGUCUAGUGGAGAUGAAGAAGCCGAUCAUCGAAAGAGAAAAACUGAUAAAUAUGGGGAUGACGAGUAUGAUAAGUGGAAGAAGGAGAACAAGAGGAAUAAGACUUUCGCGAAGCCACGGGAUGAUGACGAAGAGGAGAAAGAUGGGAAGGAAGAAAGGAGGGAGAGAGAUAGAAGACGAGAUGACAGGGAGAGAGAUUGGCGGAGUGGUCGCCAUUCCUCUUCUAGAAGCAGCGGUGGGUGGAGGAAAAAGUCGGCGGACGAAGGAGGUAGAAGGAGGAACGAGGAGGAUAGCGAAGAAGAGGAGGAGGAGAAGAAGGAUGGAAGGAGGGAGCGAGAAUCGACCUUGACUUCUUCUUCUAGUGGGGGAUGGAGGAAAAAAUCAUCGUCAGCAAAUGAUGAUGACGGCAAAAGGAGAGUUGAUGACGAUGGUGAUGUGCCGGCUCGAAACGCGUCCAAUGAACCGUCGUCACGUGACGAGAGUAAACAAGAUGGCGGCCUCGUGACGUCAUCGGUGCUGACUGCGGACGAGCGAAACGAGUUGGCUGCUAAACUGGUGAAGGCUGAAAUUAUGGGAAAUACGGAGCUAGCCGCCGAACUGAAAUCGCGCCUGGAACGGGCUCGGGAAGCGGCCGCCGCGCCUGAACGCGUGGUGCUAACAGUGACCGAUGGGCGCGGUUUCACUCAGCCGCUAGCCGCGCCUGCCGCGCCCUCAAACCGUGCCGAUGCCAGCCGCGGCAAAAGCGGAAAGAAGGUGAAGACGCACGAUGACAGUGGAAAGCGGGUGCGCUAUUUUGCAGACGACGACCGAUUCACGCUGCAGGAGAUGUUUGAAAGAGAGAAACGGAACACUGCUGAAGAUCAGAAUGAGAUGUUUGCUCGUCUUGCUGGCAAGAAAAUCGGUGACGACGACAGUGCUCGAGACAUGGACGACGUGUUCGAGGAGACGGCGUCGCGAGGGGGCGGGGCGCGAGAGGCGGCGCGUGCGGACGAGCGUGCGCGUGCGAGAGCCAUCGGCCAGCACCAGCGUGCCACACGCGCACACGACAACUGCAGCUGGUGCCUCGACAGCCAACACCUGCUCAAGCAUCUCGUCGUUGCAAUCGGCAGCAAGGUGUACCUUUGCCUGCCACCGCAUGAAAGCCUCACCGAAGGUCACUGCCUGAUUGUGACCAGUCAACAUGUCACCUGCUGCGUACAAGCCGACGAGGAAGUCUGGGAAGAAAUACAGGUGUUCAGAAAAGCGCUGGUAGACAUGUUUCUGGAGCAAGACUUGGAUUGUGUGCUGUUUGAACAUGCAGCUGGCUUUUCAAAGUUCCCACACCUGGUGUUGCAGUGUGUACCUCUGCCCAAGGAGCAAGGAGAUUUGGCUCCCAUCUACUUCAAAAAAGCGAUCUUGGAGUGCGAGACAGAGUGGUCGACCAACAAGAAACUGGUUGAUCUGGCAGGCAGUAAGGGGGGCGUGAGGCGGUGUGUGCCACGUGGUCUGCCCUACUUCUUCGUCGACUUUGGCAUGCAGUCCGGAUAUGCGCACGUCAUAGAGGAUGAACACCUUUUCCCCAAGAACUUUGCUCAGGAAAUUAUCGGUGGCAUACUGGAUGUGGACCAUAACAAAUGGCGGAAGCCCCGACGCGAGAAAUUCGACGACCAGCGGAAAAAGGUUGUCGAAUUCACAAAACUCUGGAAACCUUUCGAUUUCACCAAAAAAAGCGAUGAUUGAAUCUUAGAUAAAUAUUUUACUUGAAUAUCUUACUUCAAUGGAAUGUCUUACUUCAACUUAAUACAUGUAAUCAGCCAAUAGCUUGUUCGAACUUACGACCUGUUCAAACUUUGGCUUGUUCGAACUGUUUUUCUACUAUUCAUUCAAACUUAAUAUAAUUAAACUUUGAACGUAAUUAAUCACCGGUAACCAGGUUACAAAAACCUGUAAUUUUGGCUAAAAGCACAGAAAACUUGACUGAAUAAGGAAAAUUAAUUGGCAAUUUUAGUAUGCAAACAUAUCCUUCGGCUCCUGUUCCUUAGCCGCUUCCUUUCCUUCAUCGUCAUCGUCAUCCA